ACAGUUGUCAUUUGCGCGGGAAAUGUACUACCAUUAUAUCCAUUUUUCUGUUACUAGAAAUUUUCAAAAAUCUAACUUCUCCAAACAGUUCAGAAUUUUGUGCACUUCUAACGUUACCUUUAAGGUUGGCACCACUGUAUUCGUAUAAUUUCAAAUAUUCUAUUGUUCGAUUCUGCAGCGUACGCAAAGCUUCUUUCGAUUUAAACAAAGAACGGUCGAAGAAAGUUUUUACCAAAUUUAAAUAUAUUAUUUUAAAUAUGGUUCGAACAAAAGCAGAUCGUAUACCUACAAAAGCUAUGGGAGCUAAAGCACCUCAUAAAAUUGCGAGUACAUCAGGAACAAAAAAAUCGAAUAGAGGAAAAAGUUAUUCUGGUGGAAAUCCUUAUCAUCCAAGAGAAACUCCAGAAUGGCAAAAACCAAUUACAAAUUUUAUGAAUCAAAACGUAACUAAAGAAAAUGAUGUUUCAUCCUCAUCCAAAAAUACUGAGAAUGAGGAAAAUAAUACAAAUGAUACUUCCAUUAAGAUUGAUAAUGAUGAAAAUUAA